AUGCCGUUGUCGGUUUUGGUGGAGCGCGAUAUCCUCUUGAUCUCCGAAGGCAGAAGCGGUGUGGAUAAUGUGUACACCCUCCACAAUGGAGUUCUCCGAUUAGAGUUGGAUAAGAAUUCAUUUGAGCGCGCCGGCCUGGACGGCAAACCCAAUCCCGUAGUGGAGGGAGAAAACACGUCAAGGAGAGAUACGCCGUGGAAAUCAACCUUAGGCUCCCAUCAAUGCUUCAUGGGAAGAAGGGCUUCGAGCGGAUCGUUUGGGCUUUCAAGAACGUACUAA